UCCUUCGCUCGGAAAAGCCGACCUAUAUGAGAUGGGAAAUCGAGGGCUGUUCGGCGCCCUUUGUUACCUGAUGCUCCAUGCCCCUUUGCUCUUCGUGGUGCAGGCGACAUUUACGGAAGUUCCAAAAGAUGUGACAGUAAGGGAGGGAGAUGAUAUUGAGAUGCCUUGCGCUUUCCGGGCCAGCGGAUCCACCUCUUACUCCUUGGAGAUCCAAUGGUGGUACCUUAAAGAACCAGCCCGAGAGCUUGCCCACGAAUUAGCCAUCAGCAACCCCGGCAGCAGAAGCAAGGUAACGAACAAGGAUGCAACUAAAAUCAGCACGGUGCGGGUCCAGGGCAACGACAUCUCGCACCGGCUGCGGCUGUCGGGGGUGCGGCGGCAGGACGAGGGCGUGUACGAGUGCCGGGUGUCGGACUACAGCGACGAGGACACGCAGGAGCACAAAGCCCAGGCGCUGCUGCGCGUCCUGGCCCGCUUCUCGCCGCCCGACGUGCAGGCAGCCGAGGCCGUCUCGCACAUCCAGAGGAGCGGCCCCCGCCGGAGCAGCCCUUCGGGACGCGCCACCGCCGAGCCCGGCCUGGGGGACAAGCGCCUCCUGCCGGCGCAGGGCGAAACGGCAGCCUCGUCGGCCUCGGCAGCCUCUUCUCCCGUCGCCGCCGCCUCCUCCUCGUCGUCGUCGGUCUCUUCCACCUCCUCCUCCCCGUCCGCCACCACGACCCUCGCGGCAGCCGCCGCCGCAGCCUCCUCGGCCUCGCCCCGUCCGGGCAAAGCGACCAUCCUCCGCCAGCAGCACGGAUCAGGUACAGACCCCAUUUACGCCACAGACCCAUUCCUCUGUACAUUCCUGCUAAUGCUGCAUAAGCUCGUACACUUACUACUGAGCCUCUGAUGGACCACUUUAUCCAAUACUCCUCACCCACCUGACCGAGAAGGAACCUAUUUAAAAAAUAAUUGAGGGGGGGAAGGAACCCUCAAUGAGAACUAGAAUCUUAAAGAUGGACAGAGAGAGACUGGGAAAAAAAAAGCAUGACACGCUCGAUGGGGAGGGAGGGGUUAAAGCAUAUUUUUGGGGACGUCACACGAAAGUCACCUAAAAUAAAGCAUCUAGAUUCCAGAUUCUAUGGUAUUAAGCAACCUGGUUCCACACAAUGGUAUCUAUUAUUUUUCCUCCCUGUUUUUUUUGUUUUGUUUUGUUUUCUGGUGUCUUUUUUCUUCUAAACCUUUCCACCAAUGAUUAUUUUUGCACGGACUGUUCGACAGCAGCUUUUAUGACAAUAUGUAAAAAUGUAGGGGGCUCGGGGGGGGUCAAAAGGACACUAUUUUUAGUAGAUUAUUGUGGUUAGACUUUUUUUUAAAUCUUCCUGUUUUCCCUCUCUCCUCCUUUUUAAUUAAAUUAUUUCUUUUGAAAACAUUGAUUUAAAGGGAAAAAAAGGCACAUCUUACCAUAAUGGAUAUUCACUGUCGAUAAUAUUUAUUUUUAAAUAAAAAAAAAAGAUUGGAAACAAGGUAAGACAUUUGUUUAUAAACUGUAUUGUAUAUUGCUGAAUAACAGUUGAAUUAAAAAAGAGAUUUUGAAAUAA